CGCUUCGCCAGUCGUACUCGGCGCGCCGUCACGUGUGGACGUACGCUGCGAACGUAUUUAUCAAGUACGCGAGCUUUCGAAUUUAAGUGAAUUCAUAGUGUCAUGUGCUUAAAACAAUAAGUUUUAAAACCUUCUGGAUUGUGUCCAUCGGCAUUUAAUUCAAGGAACACACGACUUCAUUGGUUUGAGUUCAACUUGACGUCAUAAAUAAGUUACGGUGCGUCGGCGAUUCAAACAAAAAGAUUUCAACAACCUCCUAUAAACAAAGCAUUUGAUGAAAGCUAAAAUGGACUACGUUAGACGAAGGAAUGGCCAGAGAUGAAUUUGAGAACUAGGAAGAAACUUUUAGCGAAAAUAGGCCAUAGUUUAGUUUUAAAAGCCAAAGUCAUGUAAAGUAUAUUAAGCUCUGAAAUCAUCAUAUCUUGUAUCAUAUCAGAGAAUCAUCAUUGGACAUAUCUCAUUAUGCUAGUCACCUAUAUGUGAUUAUAGAUAGUAAACGAUAUUGCUCAAAAUCUACAAAAAGUAUUCCUAGAUAGAAAUUAAUAUAGAAAGUGGAUUGACGAUGAAGUACAGCAUGUUUUUCUUACGGAGAAGGACUCUGAUCCUGAAAGCUGUAUUGAUACUGACAGCGGUGUGGUUCAUGGUAGCGCUGUUGAGUACGAAUGGAGCCACGAGGAAUGCUAUAGGCGCUGCGCCCAUUGAGUACGACGAAGCUGAAGCAAAACCGUUAAAAAUGGCAAAGCCGACAGCCACUAAGAGGAAAAGCGAAUCAUAUGGGAAUAAUCUCUCUGAUGCACGAACUCGGGUCGAUUGGAUCGGUCGCAUCGCUGGCAUCGAAGGGUUAGGAGUGAUUGCCGCGCCAGGAUCGGAUAACGCACCCGGCGAGCUCGGGAAACCGGUUGUAUUACCUAAGAAUAUGACCGAAGAGGCUAAAACCGCGGUCUCCGAAGGGUGGAAAAAGAAUGCGUUCAAUCAGUACGUGAGUGACCUGAUAUCGAUUAGGCGGAAACUACCCGACCCGAGGGAUGAGUGGUGUAAGCAACCGGGUCGUUAUCUAGAGGACCUGCCGCAGACGGCUGUAGUGAUAUGCUUCCACAACGAAGCCUGGUCUGUGCUUCUAAGGACCGUGCAUUCAGUCAUCGACCGCUCGCCUCCGCACUUAAUAAAGGAGAUCGUGCUCGUAGACGAUUUCUCCGAUAUGCCACACCUAAUGCAACAACUAGAUGACUAUAUGUCAGCAUUGCCCAAAGUGCGUAUAGUGCGAGCGACGAGGCGGGAGGGUCUAAUUCGGGCGAGACUGCUCGGCGCCCGAUACGUCACUGCGCCCGUCCUUACCUACCUGGACAGUCAUUGUGAAUGUACAGAAGGUUGGUUGGAGCCUUUACUCGAUAGGAUUGCUCGUAACAAGACAACUGUGGUCUGUCCUGUAAUUGACGUUAUCGACGACAACACACUCGAGUAUCACUACAGGGACUCAACGUCUGUCAAUGUCGGUGGUUUCGACUGGAAUCUCCAGUUCAAUUGGCACCCGGUGCCCGCCAAAGAGAGAUCGAGACACAAACACACAGCAGAACCUGUCUGGUCCCCGACCAUGGCAGGAGGCCUGUUCGCGAUUGACAAAGAGUUUUUCGAACGACUCGGAACCUAUGACAGCGGUUUCGAUAUAUGGGGCGGAGAGAAUUUAGAAUUAUCUUUCAAAACUUGGAUGUGCGGCGGAACUUUAGAAAUCGUUCCGUGCUCGCACGUAGGUCAUAUAUUCAGAAAACGAUCGCCGUAUAAAUGGCGAACGGGCGUUAAUGUGCUCAAGAAGAAUUCUGUUAGGUUGGCUGAGGUUUGGCUAGACGACUACGCUAAGUAUUAUUAUCAACGAGUAGGUAACGACAAAGGUGAUUAUGGUGACAUUAGCAGCCGAUUAGCGCUACGAGAAAAUCUCGGAUGUAAAUCGUUUGAGUGGUAUUUGAAGAAUAUAUACCCCGAGCUAUUUAUUCCCGGCGAAUCUGUAGCGCAUGGAGAGAUUCGAAAUGUCGCCUUCCAAAAGACUUGUUUGGAUUCGCCGACGCGCAAGUCAGACCAUCAUAAACCAGUCGGAAUUUAUCCGUGUCAUCGGCAAGGAGGAAACCAGUACUGGAUGUAUUCGAAGAACGGUGAAAUACGUCGUGACGAAACCUGCCUCGACUAUUCGGGCCAUGAUGUUGUCCUCUAUCCGUGUCAUGGUGCCAAGGGCAACCAAUUAUGGCUGUACGACCCCAACACAAAGUUACUAAAACACGGCUCGAGUGAGAAAUGCAUGGCGAUUAACAGGAAUAAAGACAAAAUUGUGAUGGAGUCAUGUAAAGAGGGUGAAUCGCGACAAAUGUGGAACAUGGAGAACUUCAACGCGGACAGACUCAGUCCAGAACUCCUGGGCGAGUAGCCGGAGGCCUAUGACGAGUUGCUAUUCAUAUAAAGACAUUUUAACUUUGUUCCGUGCUUUGUGCUUGACCCCGUUAGGCCUAUUAAGCUAAAUAUAUUUUUUUAGGGACUUCCUUUACGACUGCAUAUCGUAUUCUUAGUUGUAACGUGUACAUAUCUACUACAUAUUAGAUUUUAUCUGUCUAGAUAAAUGUCCAGAAUACAGAAAUUUUAUAUUUAUAAAGAAUUUAUUUUGUUUUGUCGUUUCGAAGAUUUAUUAUAGAAAUUAGUUGAACUGAAAUUUGUAUGUGAUUUGGAACGAAGUGAACAUUUCGUAAUUGCUGUAUUAAGGAUUUUUAUUAAAACUAUAUAGUAACUAUUGAAAGUGCAAAAGUCGCAAUGUACAGUAUUGUAUUUUAGUUCUUCAUACACUUUUCAACUGAAUACAAAUCUAAUUAUUUUCGAAUUUCUGAAUCAAUUCCCACAUCUUUAGAAAUGAGAAUUUUAAAUUCAAGUCAACUAAGUAGGUCACUUUCUGUCAAAUUAUGUUAAGGCUGCGAAGGAAGGAGACGGCUACUUUUCAGUGUUUUAAGAAUUAGUCGGUAUAUUUCGUCGGAAUUUCUCUUUUGAUAUUAAAUUGAUACUCUUAACCCUUUAUUCAUAGAAAUAUAUUUUGCUUGUGCUCAUCUCUCUCUUCAUCAUAGCAUAAACGCAAUUUGAGUAAUAGAGACGAGAGAGUGCUGAUUUGUUUUUAUGAACAAGGUGGUUUAUCUUAAACAUUCCUCUUUGUGAUAUCUUAUUUAUAUACUUAAUACUGCCAGUAAUGUAUAAAUUCUGUUAUAUUUAAAUAAGUAUAUUAUGUAUUAUAAUGUGCCGUGUUUAUUUUUUUUCGUACCUGAUUGAAAAGUAUUCAUCUACGUUCUAUACUAUAUUCGUCCUAUUGAUUUAGUUAUCUAUUGAUAUAUAUAUAUAAAUGUUUGCUACUAAAUUUACAGCCCGAUUACUUAACAAAGCCGUAAGAAAUGUUAUGGCAGUGAUAUAUACAAAAUGGCCUAACUCACAGUUAUUUAACGACUCUAGGUCCUAUUUAGAAUUUAUUUUUUAGUGUGAAAUUUAUCCGACUAACAUAUCACUAUUACAAACGCAAAAAAAUCAUUAAGUUUAGGAUUAUAGUACGUUGUUGAAUACGACUUAUCAUAUACACGAAAUAUCUUGGUUUUCACAUCUAUGUAUUUUUUUAUUACACAAUUGCAAUUCAUAGAAAAAUUGUUGUAGUAAUUUCGAAAUUGUUGACGUUGUAUAGUUUGUUAGCCAUAACUAAUUAAAAGUAGUGUUUUAAGUAGCUUUACUCUGUACAUAAUAUGAUAUACGGCAUAAAUGUAUAAAAUUUAAGUUAGGAUGUUAUUAAAUGUGCCUUAUAUUUACGUAACGUAUUUCAUGUUAAAUUUCUGUAUAUAAUGACUCUAAAUGUAUCUUGUCGAUAGAUGGCGGUAGUAGUAUUUGUAAAAUAAAGCAUUAUGUUGGAUUUUUA